UCAAACUGUUGCCUGGCGAUAUUCUUGCAGCUUGUCAACCGCACGAUCCAGUUACUGUAGCUGCCUGCUGCAAUGAAAAUAUCCUCGUUAGUGGGUGGAUAUGUGGGCCCCGUUCCAUCAUUUUCCACCAAACACUGACUGAGUUGGCCGUGAAGGUGAAGACGAGAGUGAGACGAAGUCAUGCGUCGGGUGUUAUGGCUCGCAGCCAGCGUACGCCUCCUUGGAGCCAACAGCUGGCUGCCUCAUGCCAUCCUGUAGUCGGGCCCUCCCGCCUGAGCGCCAAACACCUCUCACUGCAAACCUUUUGACUUCAUGAAGAUCCUUGACAUUGGUGAUGUAAUGAAUAAAUUUGAAGUCCUUGGGAUUGUGGGUGAAGGUGCCUAUGGUGUUGUUUUGAAGUGCCGACAUAAGGAGACCAAUGAAAUUGUGGCCAUUAAGAAGUUUAAGGACAGCGAAGAAAAUGAGGAGGUUAAAGAAACAACGCUACGAGAGCUUAAGAUGCUCCGCACCCUCAAGCAAGAGAAUAUCGUGGAGUUGAAAGAGGCCUUCCGCAGGAGAGGGAAGCUGUAUCUUGUCUUUGAGUAUGUGGAGAAGAACAUGCUGGAGCUGCUCGAGGAGUUACCCAACGGCGUGCCGAGUGAGAAAGCGCGUAGCUACAUCUAUCAGCUCAUCAAAGCAAUCCACUGGUGCCAUAAGCACGACAUCGUUCACCGGGACAUAAAGCCAGAAAACCUUCUCAUCAGCUCCGACGACGUCCUCAAGUUGUGUGACUUCGGCUUUGCACGUAAUCUCUCUGAGGGGACUGAUGCCAAUUACACGGAGUAUGUGGCCACUAGAUGGUAUCGCUCUCCAGAGCUGCUGCUUGGGGCUCCCUAUGGGAAAGCGGUGGACAUGUGGUCAGUGGGCUGUAUCUUGGGGGAACUGAGUGACGGACAACCCCUGUUUCCAGGAGAGAGUGAGAUUGACCAGCUCUUUACCAUUCAGAAAGUGCUGGGACCGCUGCCACCUGAGCAGAUGAAGCUCUUCUACAACAACCCUCGCUUCCAUGGGCUGCGGUUUCCUGCUGUAAACCACCCCCAGACCUUGGAGCGAAGAUACCUGGGAAUUAUUGGUGGAGGCCUGCUGGACCUGCUCAAGAACCUGCUGCUGCUGAACCCGACGGAGCGCUUUCUCACCGAGCAGAGCCUGAACCACCACGCCUUUCAGACUCUGCGGCUCGUAGAGCGGUCCGGCCCACCCACACCCACACCUGUACGCUCCUCCAAGAGAAAACCUCACCAUGGAGACAACACCACCCCCAGCAGAAGCCAUGGCGGGAAGAGCUCAGGAGGCCACCGCUCCAGCAGCAGAGAGUGCUCCAGCCUGCCCCGGCACGAAGACCUCCACCCCAACACCGACGGCUUUCUUAACGGCAACAUGCCUGCAGCGCUCAACCUCAGCCCCACUUUGCAUCCCAAAAACUACCAGACGCAGAUCUUUAACCACUCCACGUCCUGCGGCAUGGACCUGGCCACCAGUAACCUGCCGCAUCUGCUCAGCCCCGGCGAGGCCAAGAGCAAGGGCGACUUUGAGAUGAACCUGGGGUCCAAGGGGUCCGACGGUCCCGGAGCCAAGUAUCUCAAGUCUAACUUUCGCUCGCAGCAGAAUCGGCACUCCUUCGUGGAGGGGAAGACCAACACGCUUCAGUCAGGGGAGAAGCACGGUCGACACAGUUACAUGGAGUCCCACAGCUCCACACCCUCUUCCUCCAAGUUCGCGUACCUAAAUUUGUCCAAGAGUUAUGGCACGCUUAGCGAUGCCAAGUCAGUGGGGAACUUGAAUGACGUCCAUCUUUAUGCUGAUGAGCCUACAUCCCGCUAUUUUCCCUCGAGCUGCCUGGACCUCACAGCCCCCGGGAGCCCAGCAGCUCGCAGAGUGGACAGACUGGGGCCUGGCACGACUGGCCGAGGAAGCAUGCGCUCAGACAGAGAAAGCAACACUCUGGACUCCUCCUAUAGGCGCUCCUCCACCCGCCACAAGGCCUCGGAGGAGGCCAAGUCGCCCGAUUCCCUGGACCCCGGGGACAGUGGCGUUGAACGGAGCCACGGUCACUCUUUAUCCGCUCCGCAUGACCCUCUGACCUACGGCCAGGGAUACACCAGCCCUUUCUCCUCCCAGCAGCGGCCGCACCGCCAUUCCAUGUACGUCCGCAGGGACCACCAGAGGACGCACGGUGCAGAGGAGGGGCUGAUGGUGGGGCAGGGUGUGCCCACCAGAGCCAGCAGCCUUCAGCUCCUGUCUCCACAGCUGCAGCACCGCACACUGCCUCGACAUUCUGGGGGCUCCUCCAGAGAGGAGGACAUGAGCAGGAGCGAACAGGCAUCCACUGAGGUCACCCACAGCAGACCCCCAAUAAGAGACUCCACAAGGGACAACACAGCAUCUUUUCACACACAGCGGCAAAAAAGCGAGGUUGGCUUAUAUCACGACCAGCAAGCAGAAGACGGAGGCUCCUCCAAAGAGAACCGCAACAUCUACAGUGAAUCCAUGCCGAGGAGGGUGGGAAGCUUUUACAGAGUCCCUUCUCCCCGGCCAGACAAUUCUUUCCACGACAGCAGAGGUCAGAGCCGCGGCUCUGGGAUGAGCGGGGACGGCAGCAGCCUGACAAACCAUUCCAAACGCCAGCCAGCGUUUGACCCGUGGACUGGCCCAGAUACUGUAGUACUGAAUGCUUCUGAGCCAUCCAAAGAAAAGGAGAAGCAGGGUUUCUUUAGAGCAAUAAAGAAGAAGAAGAAGAAAUCCCAAAUGGUGGAAGUCCCUGAUGGAAGGCCUCCUGUCAUCAAGAAAUGUCUUUUCCCCCUGUUUAGCCCAAAUAACAUAAAGCAUAGCUCCUCUAUGAGAGUCCUCCCUGUAGUGUCCUCUCCCAUGAUUCCUUCUGAGGGGUUGGAUGCAGUCAUGCAGAAGUCCUCUAGGUCGUCAGGUCACCAGAGCAGCCGGCAUAGGUCCCGGGACAAGAGCAGAGACCGGGACCAAGACCGGGACAAGGACUGGCCCCCUGAGAAGCUGUCAGAUUCACACUCUCCAAGUCAGCCACUGAAGUCGCUGCGCAAACUUCUGCACCUGGCGUCCUCGUCCUCAAACCAGAACCCGCCCUCCGACAUGCGCUACCAGCCGCUGCCCAACCCAGCCUCCGCUCAGGGUGGUUUCACAGAGAGCCGGGGUCACUCAGGAGUCAGCACGCCCCAGUUGAAGAGCCGACAGACGGCCUACCCGCUGCCGGGGCAGCUGGAGCCUGGCUGGCACACGUCCGCCUUGGGCCGCCCUGAGGGCAACCCCUACCCGGAGCAGAUGAUCAAGGGAGGCCAGAACGGGCACGGAUUCGGUCGCCCCUCCAGAUCCCGGAUGCCAAACCUCAAUGACCUGAAGGAGACGGCUCUGUGAUCUUCGUCACUCACAGUUCUCACAGCCGUUUUCCAACCCCUCUGUUGCUCCCACACCCCCCUCGCAUAACAGUACAUCUGCUAAAUAAACAUGAACACACCAAAACCAAACCCUUUGAAUCCCUUUGAAACACCGCUUGCAAACAGGCCAAAAGCCUUUUUAUGUCUUCAUUUUUUUUUACGCUUCCAUGUUUGAUAGACUUUAUAUUAUAAUUUCUGUAAUUCUGAUAAUAAUUUGUAUUAUAAAGUAAAUAUAUUACAAAUUAAAUAUAUAUAAAUGGAUAGAGUGUAGAUUUUAAGUGUAAGUAUUUUUGUUUCUAUUCAAUAUAGGAAUAUAGUACAUUUUACUGCAUAGUAUUUCCUUAAGACUAUCCAAAAUAUUCUAAGCAAAGCGUUUAAUGAGUUGUUACACUUGAGCUUGGUAAUGUCAGUAACUGGUGGUCAUCUCAUCCAGGACUGUAACUGUGUCUUUGCCUCUCGAUGUGCUCUGUCACACUGGUUACAGAUGCUCAAAGCGGUCUGUCCUUAAAAUAUUUUCAUUUUUCCAAGUUGCCACUCAAAAUGUAGAAGGCUCAGACCUAUUGGUUCCUUUUUCUGGAUAUCGUUUAGGUUUGUUAUGAAGUGCAGCCAUUUUAGAGUUCAAUAGUAACAUAAAGUGUAAACAGAAAUCCGUACCUACAUCACCCUCUGUAGGAAAUGAUGAAGCACUGCGAUCAGCUGUCUGACGGAUUAACACACAUCAAAAUUAGGCAAUGACCAGCCACGCACACUGUCGUAUAUAUUAUGAAGCAUAUUAUGGAAUGAAAAACUAUGGCUGCACCUCAAUCAUGUCAAAUAAGACAACCAUCAUGACAAUAAGAAAUUAUGCAGAUUAUAACGAUUGUUAUGGUAGUAUUAUAAUUUGAAGUUCUUCUGUAAAAGUGUGAACCUCUAUGGGUGAAAUAGUCUAGUCAGAAUCUGGUGUGGAAGCUGAAGGACAAUAUUCUUGAACUUCUCUUACUGAAUGAAUGAUUUCAUACUAGCAGCUCCCAAGUGCUUCGUCUUGUUGAAUCAGUUAAGAAAUAUACAAACACAUCCCAAAAAUAACUGUCUCUUCGCCUAAUGAUUGUAAUUAUUUCUACAGCAGUUAGAGGAAUACUAAAGCCAUUCUGGGUGUACUAGUGCAGUGGUUCUCAAUUUCGUUGGAUGAAUGUAUCCCCACAUUCACAUCAGACACAGAUUUGAAUAUGGAUGUUAUAUGUCACAGUUAGUUGUUGGUUGGUCGUACUUCAGCCAUUUAUUACUUAUAUUUAUUUAAAUUCUUAUAUUCCUGUGACUUUUUAGCCAGUGCAGUUACCAUUUCAUCCAUUUUACUGGAUGCACAGUGUUCAGCUGUUGCGUUCCUUUUUCCAUUCUUUUAUCCAGUCGACUGUUGUUGCUUCUGUUCAUGCAUCGCCGCUAGCACACGGACAUGAAAAUUUAAACAACUUAUAACUUCUUUUUUGAGCGUACUGCCUGGUAAUACAGAUGUAACCCUGGGAUACAUGUACUGUACCUCUGCUUGGGAACCAGUGAACUGGUGUAUUUUUAAUUGAUUGCACACAGUGAGACACUUGGGACGAGCUUUUAAGGAAUCUUUAAAUGUAUAAAUGUCGGGGGCAGAAGGUUAGUGCUGUAACAUGUUUUCUGUCUGAGAUAAAGUGCCAUAAAAGUAGCCUGGCAGAAAUAAAUAUUUUUAUGUUGCACUUUGAAGAGACUUUGUGGCUCAGCAAUAUUGUUCUCACUCCUGUAAAUUCUUCCUCUGUUCAUGUACAUUUUGUGUCCCGUGUGUGAAGACUGAAGUUACGGGGCUCAGGCUUCCACCGUAACACACUGGAAAACAUGACAGUAUCGUAUUGUGUUGUGCAUCUGUAAGGACUGUGCACACUGUACUUGACACAAUACAUUUCUCUCUUUGGAUUAUUGUUUUGCUGAAGGAGCACUGUGUAUUAUAUUAAUACUGACGUGUGACUACUCGUUUGGUAAUAUUUAUAACAGAAGAUGUUUAUCAGCUGUUGAAAUGAAAUCAAGUAUUAAGUUUGUGCUUUUAUUACAGACACGAAUUAGUAGCAUAGUCAGUGUUGAUCAGCUUUUUUCCAACAGGGCAUUUACAUGAGAACAUAAACCAACAAAUGAAUGCUUAACAAUUUUAGAAUUCAUGUUUACAUAUGUAACAGUAAAUCCCAAAUAAAACAGGCUCAUUUGA